AUGAUCCGCUCUCUCUUAUUCGCCGCUUUCGUCGGAAAUCUUUUGCUUAUUGAAGCUGCUUCCGUGCUGAGCCUUGGACGCGCAAAGAGACAAGAUGUUGGCAGUUAUUGCUCAAAACACGCUGAGCAUUAUGCCAAGUUUUGCAACAUGAGAGUUUCCGAUUUGGAUUCGGAAACGUUCACAAAACUAGCGAAAUUCUGCCCCGCUUACAAGAAACAUUGUGGAGUUGAUGGGGUUGAAAAGAAAGAAGCUGGCGAGAUGAUCGUCCCUCCGCCAUUGCCAAGGGGUGAUGCUCGUCUUGAUCUUCCCCUCUCCUCUCACUCAUCCCUCGUGCAUGCCCUCUGCAAUCCACCCGCUUCCGGCGAUAUGGCGAACACGUGCCAACGGUGGUAUGCCAAAUGCCCUAUGUUUCAACCAGUUCAAUACUAU